CAAAACGAUAACCGUCUAAAGGAAAAGUCGAAUUUUAACUUAAAGCGUCUCCAGAAUUGGUUACGAGAAAACUGAUAACCUUGCUGGAAUUCUGAAGUUUAACUUCCACUUUCGAUCAUUCUCCACUGCUGGGAAGCGAGAACCGAAGGGGGUUUGGGUAGUCUCCGAAAGCAACUUCUAUUUCUACCGUUGGAUAUCAUUGGAUCUUCUGAGAACAGAUGUUGAUCAUUCAAAUCGCUGUUUUGGGUCUAUUUUGGCUUCGACAUUCUCUCAAAGUAACUGUGAAACCCUAAAAAUUUUCUCUUCCAAUUCAUUGCUCAGAUUUCUGAAAUCAGUGGCAGAGCUAGAGCAGAUUAGAUCCAGAAACACUGAAAAUCAUAUUUCCAUUUCCCCAAUGGCGAUUAUUGGCGAUGCUCUUCGCCAGGUUUUCAUGCCAAAGCAUGACUACGUGAGCCUCAGAGAGGACGAGAAUGCUUGGGGCCGGUUACAGAGGCAAGUCGUCAUGGUUACUAUGACGAUUCUAUGGUUAGCAGUCCUCAUUUCUGUGUUCAUUAGCUUGAAGAUUGUUUUCCCCGGUGAUGAGGGGAAGAGAUUAUUCUGUAGAGAUCGGCGGCUUCAGCAUCUGCCAAUAAAUAUGACUGGAGAUCCUGAUCUUUACGUGGGACCGUUUUACCUAACUGAUCAAGAGGCGGUGGAUUAUUAUUGGAUGGUUGUGUUCAUCCCUUCAGCAAUCCUUUUCUUUGCCACGGUUGCGUACCUUGUAGCAGGAAUCAUUGUUGCUUAUUCUGCUCCAGCCAGACAUGGUUGCUUACUGGUUGUGGAGAAUAACUACUGUGCUUCAAAAAGGGGUGGUGUUCGCUGUUUGUCAAUUCUCAAUGUUGUCUUUGCUAUUGUAUUUGGUCUUCUUGCACUGUUUAUGGGAUCAAGCCUUCUUACACUGGGGAGCAACUGCUCCUUGCCCCUGUUUUGGUGCUAUGAGACUGCAUCAUGGGGACUAGUUGUUCUGUAUGGGGGUACUGCAUUUUUCCUGCGAGAAAAGUCUGCUGUAAUUCUGGACGAAGGCGAUUUUGCUGGUAGAAAUCUUGGACUGGAGAUGUUGGAGGCAUCUCCCCUGGAUGUGACACCCGAGGUGGAGAGGCAAAUGAAUGAAGGGUUUAAGGCUUGGAUGGGAUCAUCCUUACUAUCAUCCGACGAAGAGGAUGAGCCUACUGACUACCAGGAGGUGCCAUAUUUAACCCGAACUAACUCUAGCAGGCAAAGAUUGUGAAGUUUCCUAUUCCUAUGCUCCAGUUACAUCUUGCUUCCAACAAGUAGUGUCAGAAACAUCGGCACCGAAAAAGGUUGGAGUUGAGUGUUGGAAUACGAAACCAUUGGGUUUUAUGUCAAAGAAAUUCAAGGAGUGGUGACAUUAGUUGGUAUAGAUAUCACAAAAUGGAUACUGUUAACCAGAACUUGGAUUGGCAUCAACUGAUCAAUCACGGAUACAGGAUAUCUUUUGAGUGAACGAUCACCCAUAGGCAAAUGAAAAAUUCUUCCAAGCAGAUUGUAGUUGUGUGUAUAAGCGAGACUCUCCUCAUUCGAAGGUCAUGUACUGAUUGUAUUGCUAAAAUUGCUUAGGAGUCUAGUCACUACCUAUGUUCCGUUUCUGUUCUCCGGUGCUUUUACACUGUGUCCUGACUUGCUGGAGGGGUUGUCUUAAGGGAGUAGUUUUGAUGAAACAUCCACAUUGGAAUCUAUGGAUUGCACACUUAGUUGUGUCAUGUGGCAUUGUCUAAUGUGAUCGAUGAAAAUUUUGUGAACAGGUGGACCCCAGGUUUCAUCGUAAAUCCCAAGUUCCAUGCUUAAAAAUGUCAAGUUUCAGGUCAGGUGGCAAAAUGAAGGAUUGAAAAUAUAAGACCAUAGAACAGUGCACUCAAUGCUUGGAUUACAAGAGGUUGCAGACUUUUUUUAUUGGUAGGAAGGUUGUAUCACUGAAUGUGUGAAAUUUUGACAUGUGGCAAAUACAAACAAUUCUUUAUAUAUUCAAUGAUUGGAAUCACCACAUCCUCCAUUCA